AUGGAUGCGACAUCUUCCCCAAAUUCUGCGGAUAGCAUCCAUUUAGGCAGUCCCGCUCCGGCUUCAAAUGGGAGUGAGGACUCUUUGGAAAGUCACAUACUGGCCAUCUCAAACGAUGAUGUCAAUGGUGGUCGGUCACGGUCAUCCACAACAAGUGGGUUCUUGAACCUUAUUAAUAACGGCUCAGUGACUGGAAUCCUGAAACAAAAUCAUCGGAAGGGCCGCUUGAUCUCGUUAUACCGGCUAUUGCUUUUAGAACUUAACCUUCCUGGACCAGGUUCUUUGAAGCAUCGGUCUGCUGUGGACCUCGAGGAGGAAAAACGUUCCUACGAGAUGCUUGUGAACAUGGGAAAGAUUCCCAUUUAUUUGGAGAAAUUCAUGCUUUUUGGGCUUUUGGUGUGUUUCAACUCGUUCCUAACCCUAUUCACAUUGGUACCUUUGAAGAUAUGUAUUGUCACAUAUCGAGCCAUAAGAACACUCCUCAAUCCAGCAGAGCGACUGUUUGACAUAAUUGCAUCGAGAUUCCGUUUUGUCAAGCGGGAUUUGACCACUCUAAUACUUAUUGCAUUGAGUGUCUACAUUCUAGGAAGUCCAUCUCUUGAGGUCUCCAGAUUGUACCAUGACAUUCGUGGCCAGGCCCAUAUCAAACUUUAUGUGAUGUUUGGCGUUUUAGAAGUCACUGACAAGCUUCUCUCGUCGCUUGGCCAGGAGAUCUUAGUGGUACUUUUAGGCAUUCCAGUUACUGUGACUAGUCCACGCAACAUCACAAAGCUCCUAUUAUUUUUCUCCCUUGCAUUAUUGUAUUCCUGUUGUCAUUCUUAUGUGCUCAUCUACCAAACUGUUUCAUUACAUGUGGCAGCUAACUCAUACUCAAAUGCAUUGCUCACACUACUUCUAUCCAAUCAGUUUGCCGAGCUCAAAGGUGCAGUGUUCAAGAAGUUCGAGAGAGAAGGCUUGUUUCAGGUCACCAUGUCUGACUUAACUGAAAGAUUUCAGUUGACCAUUAUGUUGGCUGUGAUUGCUUUACGGAAUAUUUUCCAGUUGGGUAGAACUCAAUUGGGACUAAUCCCCGACAGUUGGAACUCUUGGAAUAAAUGGAUUGGUGCCAUCUUUGGACCCACUGUCGUCGUCCUUGGCAGUGAAAUCUUUGUUGAUUGGGUCAAGCAUUGCUUCAUUAAUAAGUUCAACAGAAUUAGACCCAGAGUCUAUGAUAAUUUUCUUUACGUCUUGAGUCAAGAUUUCAUGGAGAUCUUCUCAGAAAACUCAAAGACCUUGACACUGCAUGAGAUCUCCGAUCAUAUUUUAGUUACCAAACGUAUUGGCUUGCCAGUCAUGCCACUUUGCAUUUGCUUCUUGAGCAUGUUGUCUCGGGAUUUACUGAUGGUGUUCUUACCUUCCGCAGCUACGCUCGGUCCAAUAUUGGCUAGCUUGGCUUUGAUCAGCUUGGCAUUGAUUGCUGCUCUUGUUUUUAGAUUGCUCUUGAGCUUGUGGCUUCUCAAAUGGGCUAGACACAUUAGGCAUAAUCGUGACGCUCAUCAGGCAGAACUUCGGAUGGCUGAAUCCAAAGUGAGAGAGGCAAGUGGGCAAGACUCGAGUUUGAAGAGCCCACUUGAUUCACCAUUCGAUGACAAUGAGAGAGUCAAUUCACCAGGUCUUGAACUUCCCAUGUCUCCUUCGCCAUCCGAGAUUCUGCUUGACACGUUACCCAGAAAUCAUCAUGAUGACAUGGAUAUUGCAACGUCGUCUGGUGUCGAAAAAGAUGAUUCGGUUGCGUAUUUGAACUACGAAUUGCACCACCGGUCUGUCUUUGAGUCUGAAACAGAAAUUGCAUCAUCUUUUAUUCCUGGCAUACCCAACACAGAACAAUCAAGCAUAAAUCCUAAAACAAGGUCGUAUCUAUACGACUGGGGAGAGCGAGUACCACCCACGCUCGAGGAGAAACGAAACGAGCAGGUUAAGCAAAAACAUAUUGCUUCGCCCAUAAAGACGGAACGUUGGGAGGACGACCUCGGGAACGUGCACAGGUAUGAGAUGUCCAGUAAGCGUAUCUGGUAA